AUGUCGGCGCCGACGAGAUUGGCGCCGACAGUAUGCCGGUUCUGCCGCGCAUCACCAGCGCUCCGACGAACAUUUGCCUCGUCCUCGGCGACCACGACGACGACUACCAAUGCAGCUGCCGCUCGCGACCAGGCUGUCUGGCCUCAGCGACAACCUCGCGGCGAAUACUAUGACAUUCUUCUGCGCGAUCCCACGCCCUACGCCAGCACAAAAGUCGAAGCGCCGCCCAGCUCCGCGUCCUCCUCCUCCUCACCAGCAGCACCUUCGGAAACAACAACGCCCGCCGGCAGCGACCCGGCCAAGACGUACGACACCAUCGCCUCGCGCACCGCCUACGCCGACUCCAACAGCGGCACCUCCGCCACCGCCGCCGAGCGCGCCCGCGUCAUCUUCGGCUCGCGGCUGCUCGGCCCCGCGGAGCGCGCCGACCGCGCCGCGGGCAGGCAGGCCAAGUCGACCACCGUGGCCGGCGUGCGCGUGCCCCCGCAGCCCGAGGAGCCCGACAACUGCUGCAUGAGCGGGUGCGUCAACUGCGUGUGGGACCUCUACCGCGAGGAGAUGGAGGAGUGGACGCUGGCGUCCGCCGCGGCCAGGAAGCGUCUCGCGGAGAGCGCAGCGUCGGCCGCGUCGGCCGUGCCGCGUGGUCGCUUGGGGCCAUUCGGUCCAGGCACGGGCGGCAGCGGCUUGGUCGGCGGCGGACCGGGGCAGGGCGGCAGCGGCGGCGUCGGGCCCCGGCCGAUGCUCGGGGAGAGCACGGCGGCCGAGACGGCGACGUCCAUGGAUGCGGAUGGCGGCGGUAGCUCGGAGACGAAUUGGACCGGCGACGCCAAGAUUGCAAAGGACAUGUGGACCGAUGAUCUCUUUCAGAACGUGCCUGUAGGGAUCCGCGAGUUUAUGAAGCAGGAGAAGCGGCUCAAGGAAAAGCACCAACGAGAGGGGACAAGUGGUGGUUGA